UCCCGAAGAUUUUCCCAAUCCUGACGGAAUCAUGACGGCGCUCCCGCCCCCGCCCCCCUCGGCGAUCCUCCUCGGGAGGAUUUGCAGAUCUCCGUCGCAGGGAGCUGCGAGUGUCAAGUGUGGCGUAGAUGACGCCGCGACGACGUUCCGUGCGCGGUUCCGCGUGCGUGACAUUGAGCAAAUGUCAACGUCUUCUUGGAGGGCAGCGCGUCGCGACCGUCGUACCAGGGGUCGGUCGGUGUCGCAGCCCGCAGCUAACUCGAUUUUCCUUCCCCCCCGCGAAGAGGGAUCACGGCCGCACAAUAGGCGUCCUCGUGUUUCGGGCGGCGAGGGACGGCCGACGUCGAGACGCGGUCAAUUGGCUGCCGAGGGCCACAGAAUUCUAGUCGCUAUAGCGUCGCACCACGUUCCACAUCGUGGUCCUGGCUGCGACUGCGUGCUAUUAAUAGAAAGAGAAAACUCGCCGACAGCCAAGUGCGUUGAACGGUUCGCCGACGAUCCUGCGAAGGAGGCUCUCGGUAUACAGGACGUGGCCUCUCUCCGUAUGAGAAUGCGAGAAAAUCGCUUCGAGCGAUAUACACGUGUACAGGCUUCCUUGCAGCGUUGCAUCGUGACGCAGAGAAGAAUAGGGAGAGAAAGAGAGAGGGAGAGAGUGAGAAAGAGAGGAGAAGAGGGUGGGGAAGACAAUGAAGGAGAGGGAACGAGAGAAAGAGAACGGAGAGAGAGAGAGAGAGAAAAAGAGACGGGCUUUCGUGUGGCUCUAGUGAGUCAUCGUGUUAAACGGCCGCGCAUCCACAGAGCCAGGAAGUUAGCGCUAUCAGCAGCCAGCGUCGACGUCGACGUCGACGUUUUCUUUGUGCGCAAUUCUAGUUAUCAAUGGUCAAAAUGUUAACACGUGCCGCGGAAGAAAAACACGGAUCCGCGAAUGCGCGGUUUCGCCCCCUCCUCCCGCCUCUUUCCCCGACUUGCGUUUUGUUUUCUUUGCCAGACCCUUUUUCGAAUUCUUUCGAGAACACUGCGAUCGCUCACGCGCGAUACGAAUGCGGCUAUCGACUCGCUCUCGUAAUCGGUCGCAUCGCGCGCGCACGUGUGGAUUUUAAAACUUGUUACCGCAUUAGAGUAUAUAUAUAUAUAUGUGCACAUAUAUGCGUCCCUAUGACGCACAAGAGGCACGCGAGCGUCAUUGGUCACGGAAUUUUGAGGAAUUUCAAAGUCGGAGAAUUGAGGAAGCUGCGAGAUGAACGAGAAGCUCUGUGCAAUCGCACGCGUGUGCUCGAACUGUUUGAACUGUACAAAGUACGUUCAUAUGAUGCAAUUUUAAUUAAUGUGUACGCAUACCCGCUGAUUUUCUGCAGUUUCCUUUUCUACUUCCCUCUCUUUCCCUCUGUCGCACGCUUUCUGUGUACUUUCGAAUAGAUUUGAGUACUCUAUGUUAAAUUUUCGUUGGACUUUUAUACUCUAUUCGAGUCCUGAUGAAAUUUUUCGACGAUUGUUGUUUCAACCGCAGAUCAUUGUGAUGUAAAUUGAAGAAAUAUUGAGGAAAGCGCCAAUAAACUUUUUUAAUUCGAAACGAUUAAAAAGCAACAGAUUUAAAUGAUAAAAUUUGUGUUCUAAAGAUCGAGCACAGAGUAAUCAAAUCGAGUUAUUCGCGAGAAGAAACUUGAUAUAUUCCAUGCAUUUAAUUGAAGCAGUAAUACGAAUGAAGAGGAAUGCCCGACGAGGCUUGACCCCGCCGCACAGAGUGAAGUCCAUUUCCAUGGCUACGUUCAGCCAGGAAGAGAUAGAUUUCAUAAAGGAACACGGCAACGAGUACUGCAGGAGGAUAUGGCUGGGCCUGAUGAAUUCGAAUUCGCCACAGAAUUUCGACACCAAGGACGAGCAGAAGAUGAAGGACCUCAUGAGCGCCAAGUACGAGCUGAAGAGAUACUAUCUCGACCCGUCGAUCGCGAAUCAGAACACGGUAACGCAACAGCCCAAGUCACAAUCGUCGAGCAACAUUCCGAGAGUACCGAACUCGGGGACGUCUACGACGUUGCCCGCGCCGGCCAACAGCCAGAAGUCGAACAACGUGGAGCCAGUGAACGCGAACAAUUUCUCGACGGAUUUCGUCGCUGAUUUCAGCAAAGUUCCCGAUCCCUUUUGCGCCAUGACGACACCGGCCGGUCAACCCAUCGCGCCGCAGCCGUUCUUCGCAAAUUUCGACAACAAUCCGGUCUUCAAUAACUCAAAAAGUAUGGAAACGUCCGCAAUGUUUAAUCAGGUCGGUGGCAAUCCGAUGAACAUGAAUGGGAUCCAUGCGCCACCCUCAGAAGAUCGUUACGCGGCACUUAAAGACUUAGACUCGCUGAUGAAACAAACGCAAUUGAAGGAAGAGACAACGGGAGCCUUGUCCGCGUCCGCAUGGAACGCAAAUAAUUCGAAUGCACCGAACGCCAUGUGGAGCAUAGGAGUAGGUAAUCAAACGCACGUUAUUUCAAACCCGUUUACGGGUGGGGAUUUAUGGCGACCGUCCGCAAAUGUAGUCAACAAUAAUACUCAGUCUGCCGAUAACUCUCUGUGCAAUUCCGCGAAUCCGUUUAAAUCGACCCAAUUUCCUGUAAAUAACGAUGCACAAUGGAUAGGAAUCGGCACACCUAGUAACGGAGACGUCCUCCAAUUAAGUCAACUCAUGACGCCGUUAGCGAACAAAGUAUGGCAACCAACAGUUCCAGCGUAUCAUGCAAAUCCAUUUAUGGUGGGCACGGGAGUGAGCAACAUGACAAGAAAUUCAAACAAUCCCUUCUUAUGAUUAUGUACGCAUAAGCUUCAAACGGAGUUACGAACAAAUAUUGUGAAAUUAAAAUACAUUUAGAUUAGACAAAUUGUUAUAUAUGUGACCUUAUUGGCAAUUAGUGCCAUUAACUUUUAUUCCCAGGAGCACCAAUCUCAUAUAUCUAUACAUAUAAAUAAAAUAAUACUUUUAUUUAUGAA